AUGAAGGCCUCCUUCUUUCUCAAAGCCGCCACUGCCUACUUUGGUGCGCAUCCCGUGCUCACCCUCGUCCUCUUAUGGGCGCUCGCCCUUCUCGUCCGCCGCAUCUCCCGCUACCGGGCCGCCUGGCGUGCCCUCGGCCAAGCCUACGAGCUCAACGGCUGCUCGCGCCCCGUCGCCUACCCUCACCGAGACCCCAUCUUCGGGCUCGACGUGGCACUCACCGCCAUGGCCGCGGCCCGAAAGCACCGCUACACCACCGACUCGGCGCAGCGCUUCCGCGACCUCGGCGCCUACACCUACUACACCUGGAUCCGCGGCCGGCAAGCCAUCCACACCGCCGAGCCCGAGAACGUCCGGUGUCUGUUGUCCACCCGCGCGCAGGACUACUCCAUCGCCGGCCGCCGCGCCUUCCUCGGCCGCUUCCUCGGCCGCGGCAUCUUCGUCGCCGACGGCGAGGACUGGGCGCGCUCCCGCGCCCGUCUCCGCCCCAGCUUCGCCCGCGAGCACGUCGCCGACCUGGCCAUCUUCGAGCGGCACGUCGACUCGCUGCUGCGCGUGCUGCCGACGGAUAGCUCAGCCGUGGUGAGCCUGCAGGACUGCUUUCUGCGCUUCACGUUCGACCUGUCCAGCGACUUCCUGGUCGGCCACUCCACGCACACGCUGACGCAGCCCUCGCCGCGCGAUCGCAAGUUUGGCGAGGCGUUUAGCUGGUCCCUCUCGCACGUCGACAAGCGGAUGCUCCGCGGCCCGCUGGAGCGCUUCUACCCCAUUGAUCCGCGCGAGGACAAGGAACGCCGCGUCUGCCGCGACUACAUGGGUGCGUAUGCCGACGCGGCCAUUGCCGCCCGUCGGCGCGCCAAGAUGGACGCGGACAAGCCCAGCAAUGAUUAUCAUGGUCGUAGUGGUACUGAGGAGAAGCAGCGGAAGAGCUUCCUCGACGAGCUUGUCGAGGUCAUUCACGACCGGGAGGUCAUCUGCGACGAGCUCAUGAGCACCAUGGCCGCCGGCCGCGACGCCACGGCCAGCUUGAUGAGCAACAUGUUCCACGAACUGUCGCGUCGGCCGGACAUUUGGCAGCGGCUGCGCGAAGACGUCCGCCGGGCGCUGGACGGCGCGCUGCCCAGCUACGACCAGCUGCGCAACCUAAAACUCGCCCAGUACAUGGUCAACGAGACCCUCCGCCUCUACCCGCCCGUGUUCCAAAACGGCCGACGGGCCGAACGCGACACGAUCCUCCCGACCGGCGGCGGCGCGGACGGCACCGCGCCCGUGUUCGUGCCCAAGGGCACCGGCGUCCUCUUCUCGGUCUGGACCAUGCACCGCCGCGCUGACCUCUACGGGCCGGACGCCGAGACGUUUGACCCGGAUCGCUGGGCGACUCCUCGUCCCGGAUGGGAAUACGUGCCCUUUGGCGGCGGCCCGCGCAUCUGCCUCGGCCAGCAGUUUGCGCUCACCGCGGCGACGUACGUCGUGGUCCGCAUGGCGCAGGAGUUUGCGUCCGUGGAGACGGCGGACAAGGCGCCGUGGAAAGAGCGAGUUGCCCUGACGCUGUUCAUCGACGACGACGUCAACUGCAGGCUGACCCGCGCAUGA